AUGUUAGACAGGAAAUAUCUACGAAGGAGGAGCCCACUGAUGAGUCAAUACCCUCAACUAGUGGAACUUCGAAGCAAACAACAGAUGUUCCCAAAAUUGAUUGAAGAAAACUUGGUUUCAUUUAUUGAAUGUUUGGACUAUUCCCUACCUCAGAACGAAGAAUUUCAAAAUAAAAUACGGAAAAGGAAAAGGAAUAGGCCGAAAACAACAUUCCUCCUAACAUCAACGCCUGUGAAAGUGGACUUAGAAAUAAAGAAAACGUUAAAAACUAUGAAAACAGAAAAAUUUAAAGAAAAACUGAAAAAGGAAUCAAAUUUAAAGAGGAAGAAAACUGCAAAAGUAGAGGAAAAGAAAGAACAAAGAAAGCUGUCAACCAAGAGAAAAAUUUUAAACAGCUCGAGCUCUAACGAUGAGUCUCUGAAGCUUAGCGAUAGUGAUGGCAAUAAUGAUAUAUUUUAUGUAGAAGGAGAAACGGGUGUCACAAACGAGCUUUGUCUGGAGAAUUCGGCAAAGACAAAGAGGUCUGAUAUCGCUGCGUAG